AUAAGAGAUUAUCCAUCUAUCUGACGUCCCCCGACCGCGAUUCCCAGGAACAUCGACAUGGAUCGAACUGGGGUGUUCGCUUUAUUUUCUUAUGACUGAUCUUUUGUCCUCUCUCUCUCAACUUUCCUUUGAUCUGCUCAAUCAGACAUCCUCUCAAAAUGGCCAAGAUCGACUCCUGGAACGCCGGCAUGAACACCCCCCUCCAGCAGGAGGAUCCUGAGAUCUACACCUUGAUCCAGAAGGAGAAGUACCGCCAGUACUCUGGUCUCGAGUUGAUUGCUUCCGAGAACUUCACCUCCCAGGCUGUCAUGGAGGCCAACGGAUCCGCCUUGACCAACAAGUACUCCGAGGGUCUUCCCGGCGCCCGUUACUACGGUGGUAACGAGUUCAUCGAUCAGAUCGAGAACCUGUGCCGCAAGCGCGCUCUUGACGCCUUCGGUCUCUCUCCCGAGGAGUGGGGCGUCAACGUCCAGCCUUACUCUGGAAGCACUGCUAACUUUGCUGCCUUGACCGCCAUGAUCCAGCCUCAGGACCGCAUCAUGGGUCUCGACCUCCCCUCCGGUGGCCACUUGACUCACGGCUACCAGACCGCCAAGAAGAAGAUCUCCGCCACCUCGAUCUACUUCCAGUCCAUGCCCUACCAGGUCGAUGCCACCACCGGCCUCAUCGAUCUCGACCGUCUCGAGGAGAACGCCAAGCUGUUCCGCCCCAAGGUCCUCAUCUGCGGUGCCUCGGCCUACCCUCGUGAGUGGGACUAUGCCCGCUUCCGCAAGAUCGCUGACCAGCACGGUGCCUAUCUCAUGUCGGACAUGGCUCACAUCUCCGGUCUCGUUGCCGGUCAGGAGGCCGAGUCGCCCUUCAAGUACUGCGAUGUCGUCACCACCACCACCCACAAGACUCUCCGUGGUCCCCGCGCCGGUUUGAUCUUCUUCCGCAAGAACAAGGAUGCCAAGGUCGAAAAGGGCGAGGAUCUUGAGAGCCGCGUCAACCAGGCUGUCUUCCCCUCGAUCCAGGGUGGUCCCCACAACAACACCAUCGCCGGUAUUGCCGUUGCCCUCAAGCAGGCUGCCAGCCCCGAGUUCAAGUUGUAUGCCAAGCAGGUUAUUGCCAACUCCAAGGCCCUUGCCGCCACCUUGGUCAAGCACGGUUACAAGAUCGUCACCGAUGGCUCGGACAACCACUUGAUUCUCUGGGAUCUCCGCCCCAACAAGUUGACCGGCAGCAAGGUCGAGCGCAUCUGCGACAUGGCUUCCAUCACCCUCAACAAGAACUCUGUCUGUGGCGAUGUUUCGGCCGUCACCCCCGGUGGUGUCCGUCUCGGAACCUCGGCCUUGACCUCCCGCUCGUUCAAGGAGGAUGACUUUGUCAAGGUCGGCGAGUUCUUGCACCGCAUUGUCCAAAUCGCUCUGGAUGUCCAGGCCAAGGCCGGCAGCAAGCUGAUGAAGGACUUUGUCGCUGCCUUGGAGGGCAACGAGCAGGUUGCUCAGCUCAAGAAGGAGGUCGAGGCCUUUGCCACGUCCUUCCCCUUCCCCGGCUUUGAGAUCACGGAGGACAUGAAGGCCUCCCACUAAAGUGGAAAGUGGGUAUAACAAAUGAUUUUGAUGCUUUGCAUGCUCAACCAUGCGGAUCAAAUUAGCCCCCUCAAUCUUCUCAUCUUUUCUGUGCACAUUUCGAGCCCGUAUCCAAUUCUUUCCACUCUCUGUUUAUAACACUUUGUUAUUUUUUUCCCGCGAAAUGGCCUUGUGGUCGGUUACUGCCAUACCAUUUUCGACUGUACCAUAGAACCCCCCAAAAGCAUCAGUUACCGAUAUUCAACAUUAUCACUAAAAAAUAAUGAAGUUGAAACACCU